AUGGCGUCCCAACCGCCGCCGCCGCCGCGCGUGAGGCGCAACGGCUCCCCAACGGCCGCAAGCGCCGCCGCCUCCCUGGGGGGAGGGGGAGCCGCGGCGGCUGUGGCGACGCCGACGCCCGGCGGGGCGGCCGGGACGACGGCGGGGGGAGUGGGCAACAGCAGCAGCCGCCUCCAGCCUAUGCGGGCCACGGUGCCUUUCCAGCUCAAGCAGCACGGCAGCCCCACCAGGAACGGAGGCGGCGUCCCGCGGGCCCCGCAGCCGCCGCCUCCCUCGCGCACCGCCAGCCCGACGCGCCCGGGGAACGGCAGCGGCCCCGCCGUAGCCACGCAGACGCCCGCGGGGGUGGCCGCCACCAGCGCCGCCUCCUCAGCCGCCGCCUCCUCCUCCUCCUCCUCAGCGGCGCGCGGCAGCCCCACGGGCGCGGGAGGGUCGCGCGGGAGCCCGCCUCGCGCCCACCACCACCAACUGCCGCCGCCCCCCGCCUCCUCCUCCUCCCUGGCGGCGGCCUCGAGCCCCUCGCCCUGCUCCUCGCCGGUCUCGCCGCCCCUGCCCGAGAGCAGCGCCUGCGCCGCCGCCUCCUCGGGGGGAAGGAUCCGGCAUCGCCAGCGCCGCCGCUCCCCGGAGCAGCAGAACAGCAGGGCCUCCCCGGAGAGGAAGAGCCCCGGCUCCCCCGGCUGCAAAGUUGAUAAACAACGGCCACCGUCGUCAAGCCCUUCCAGUGUUUCUCGCCGCACGCCUUCUCUAGACAUCCUAGCUGCUCCGUACCUUGCUGGACAAUGGCCUCGUGAGAAUCAUGGACAGGCAGCACCUUGCAUGAGAGACAAGUCGACACAGACUGAGAGUGCUUGGGCCGAAGAGUAUUUGGAAAAGAAGAAAGGCUCUCAUAAGCGUUCAGCAUCCUGGGGCAGCACAGACCAACUCAAGGAGAUUGCCAAGCUACGACAACAGCUGCAGAGGAGCAAACACAGCAGCAGGCACCAUCGCGAGAAGGAGCGGCAGUCUCCAUUCCAUGGCAAUCAUGCAGCCAUUAACCAAUGCCAGGCUCCUGUCCCAAAGAGUGUGCUCGUCCCCGUGAUGCCAAUCGCCAAGUCAACAGGCUCGCGUUUCCGCAACAGCAUAGAGGGACUGAAUCAGGAGAUUGAAAUAAUCAUAAAGGAGACGGGAGAGAAGGAGGAACAAUUAAUUCCUCAGGAUAUUCCAGAUGGGCAUCGAGCUCCGCCUCCCCUGGUGCAGCGCAGCAGCAGCACUCGCAGCAUCGAUACGCAGACUCCCGGCGGAGCAGAGAAGGGCAGCAACAACAGCAGCCGGUCCCAGUCCGUGUCCCCCAGUUCUUUUCUUGCCAUCUCCAAUGAGGGCAGCGAGGAGAGCCCAUGCUCUGCUGAUGACCUGCUGGGGGAUUCCAGGGAUAAAGAGAACGGAAACAACUCUCCGCUCCCUAAAUACGCCACCUCACCAAAACCCAACAACAGCUACAUGUUCAAACGCGAACCUCCUGAAGGCUGUGAGAAGGUGAAAGUGUUUGAGGAAAGCUUGCCAAAACCCUUACAUGAAAUCCCGCCUUUUUACUGUCCUGACAAGAACAAAGUAAACUUCAUUCCCAAAAGCGGCUCUGCUUUCUGCCUUGUCAGCAUCCUCAAGCCCCUUCUCCCCACCCAAGAUCUUACCCUCAAGGGUGCUAGUCACAAUCUGACCGUCACGUCUGGGAUGACCCCCGCUUUGCUGCAGCCAAUUGCCAUGGCAUCCCUGUCUGCAGGCGCCGACCAGGAUCGGCUCUCUCGCGGCUCAAGUAAAGUCAUACCACAGAUGUCUGUGUUCCAGCCAUCAGGACAUAGUGAAGAAGCCGAAGGAUAACCUCCAUGAUGUUACCUUCUGGGGGCAGCCUUUUUUUGAAGUUAAUUGUGAUUUAAGCCUUCCUAAUCGCAUCUGUUUUGCGUCAUAAUUGCUGGCAAUUCCAUAAACUGCUAAACGGGUCAUGCUAGUAUCUUGAUCUCCAUGACUGAUCGCCUGGGCAUGAGAUCUAGAAAAGAGAGAUGGCCACAUUUGUCUUGCGAAGGCUCAAGAUCAGUCUGUGGUCUGCACUUUUCAAAAGCUUUGAUACUAUAAGGAAUGAAGACAUCCAUAAUUCUAUACGAUUGGAAGGACCAAUUUUUCUGAUGCAUAGGGUCCCAAUUUGAACGCUUCCUUUUUUCCUUUAAAAAAUCAAGAAAUCUGACAUACCAGCUAUUCCCAGCAAAAUAUCUGCAAAGGGAAAACAAGCAAAUGAAUGCUGUAAGAUCAUUGGUUUGUACAAAAAUACUUUAUUUUCCAAUCUCGUGUUUUCUGAUGCGCACAGAGAACAGGCCAUCCUGUAACUUUGGGCCACAUCAUUCCCACCGUUGGGACCAAAGGAUUGAGACUUUUCCGCAGUCUUGUCAUGUCACCAUGUUUUGAUUCCUGCUCCCAAAUAAGCCUAAUAUUCUUCAGACUAAAAAAAAGGAAAGCAA